AUGUCUUUCAUACUGCAGCCUGGGGAAAAGCUCAACUUCUCGACAGACGCCGACAUGCUGAGAGUGCUUCGAUGCUCAGCGGCGGAACUCCAUGCAUACGAAUUCGCUAUGAGAGAAUACGUCCGAUACGGCCCUGGUCCAACGACUCAGGAACAAGCUUGGACUGCACUCGAGCUUACGAGUGAGCUAUACUACGAGCUUGCGAGAGGCUCACGCUGGGGGUGGGACAUCCCUCACGACUUCCAUUCCUGCGUCUCUAAGCUACAGGACCACAUGUGGACCCAAGGACACAAUGCGCGCUGGGAGAGUCUACAGUCAGCAGUCCAAAAGAGCAACAAGAGAAGUAGUGAUGAAGCAGGUUUGGACGCCGCCGACAAGGAGCCUGAGAAACGAGGAUUGACCGCCGUUGCGUACUUCAACGAGUACAUGGUCAAGGCAGGUCCAUCUGGAACGGUCAAGAUACCAUCAUCCUCGGGAGUCUCGGCAGCGCUACCAAACGUAGUGAGGCAUCACACCGCUCCGGUCACCACGAUCAAGCGGACCAUGAAGACUACAGCUCCGUCAGUGCAAGCAGCAGACCAUCAGGCGACGCCUCAGGCUCGUUCCCCGGAAGCUCCAGCUUUCGAUCUUAGCAUGACGACGGGCUCAAUGAUAGCCGCCAUGAACCAGGUGAGAGACAACAUGUCAGCUCAAUUAUCCAAGUCAACCGGCGAGUGCAUGAAGACCAUGGAGUCGGAAGUGAAGGCAGCAGUAGCUGCUUCAGUCAAAGCACAGGAAGCUUUGUCAAAAGAGCGCCUGCGUGACUGGUGCGAACGGGAGGAGCGAGUCGCGGCUCGGGAGAAGGCUGCCGAUCUUCAAGAGCGGGCUCUGGAAUUCAGAAUGAGGCAUGAGGAGUCUGUGUGGCUUGGAAAGCAGAGAUCCCACGAAGCGGAGAAGAAAGUACUAGCAGAGCAGGAGGAGAGGCUGUCGAGCAAGGAGAUCAGCAUCGCAUUGCGCGAAGGCGAGGUGGAACGUACGGAGAAUCGUUCCAAUGAGAGGGCAAAGCACAUUUCCGCGCGUGAGGAGGUGGUCUACCAGCAGGAGAAAGACCAGAAAGCCAACAAGGCGAAUGAGAUCGAAUUUGCCGGAGCGAAUAUCAGCUUCGUCUCUGCGACAGGAUUCACCACCGCACGACUCGAGAUGGCGCCAAUGAAAGCCACGGACUACGGUACCUUCGCCAGAAUGAAGAAGCUCCUCUGCUGUGAAGACAGACACAUCAGACGACUCGAGGUAGCCGUCAGAAAGUACAUCAAAGACUAUGCUGCACGCCACUCUCUGCCGCCGACUAGCAGAGAAACCUGGCAAGCAAUUGUGAGGUCAGAUGGUGUCAUCAAUGCGCUCUUAGCGGGCCCUCUGAGCACCAAUGGGAGUCAACUUCCGGACAACUUCUAUCAAGACGUGGAGGAGAUGAAGAAACACCUCUACCUCAGCGUUCUUCAAGAGGGGCAACCAGCGAUAUCGAAAGGACGAGGAUGUUCGGCGCAGAAGCCGGAGGCGAAGAAACGCUGGGAUUCCGAGAGAGACCAAGAUGACGACGAGCCUUCGCCCGUCAAGAAGAUGAAGACCGAGUCAGCGCACACUGCCGAAGCUCAGAAGCAGCCAUCGUUCCAAUUGGAAGACACUGAUCAGCGGUCUCACCUCACUCUUGCUUCGCACAAACGAGUCUCGGAUAUGGAGCGGGGACGGCCUCAUGCUGGUAACAACGACAUCAUCGAGCAACCCGCUAGUCGCCCAAUCGCACCACAGAUCGUGUCGCCCGCAAUCGAGGAUUACCAUCCUAUGAGCCCCGGCCAAAAGCAGGCGCCGCUUUCCACAGCCGUUCAACCCCCAGGAAGUCUCGAGGAGCUACUGAUGGCCCGAGCUCAGAAGUCCGCGGGCGAAACCGUCUUGGCAGUUGAGGCACAUAUCAAAGCAGCGGUAGAUGAGCGGGUCAGAGAACAGAAUGCGCGUCUCAAAGAUGAUCGCCUGGCCUUGAACCGCGCAGAAGCAAGACGGAUCAUGGGGGAGGCGGCACUUGAGGAGGCCAGGGCGGAGUACGAGACCAAGAAGACUGCGGACAUCGACAUGCUGGCCGAGCGGGAGCAAUUGUUGAUGAAGCGCGAGGAGAACAUGGCGGAGCUGCGGAAGGAGAAUGCGGAGUGUAAGGCUCGCUGCGACUCUCUGGAGGCGACCCUGAAGACGACUUCGAAGCGACUCAAGGAGGCGAACGAGAAAGAGGCGAGGUUGAGCGACCUGGCUGCGAAGCAUGCGAAGGCCGUGGAAGACUUCAAGCGUGCGAUCCAGUGA